AUGGACAUAUUAGAGGAAUACAUCGUUGCUAACGAAUUGGGUAUGGCGUACGUCGCAACAGAAAAUGGCGACGAAAUAGUGGCUACUAGGGUAAACAAUGUCAACGACAAACGAAGGAAACUCAUAAUACAUUUUGAUAUCAGGAAUACAGUGUUGGUUUCGGAUUCUGUCACCAAUGUUUCGAUGGAGCAGGCCCUGAACAGUUUUCUGACGGGUGUUGUGUGGGGACAGGAACCCUCAAAAGGUACGUGGGUUUGGGAGUCCUAUGAAACAUCUCUAACGCCUCCAUCGCCCGGUGCAAUAACAUAUUACAAGCACAUGGAAAGAAUUCUGGUUAAAACUCCAACAGACAGGAAUAAGCUUAGGUUAGUCACCGGAGAUUUUACACAGAACAUUGGACAGGCAUUCCUACCAUAUUUCUCUUCAACUUUGGACGCGUUGAGGUGGAAACACCCGGUGACCACUGACCAUGAAGGAAUGACAAUGGCUGGAAAAGAUGGUAAACCUUAUCACUACCUCUUAAAAUCUGUGUAUAAACUUAUUUACCAUCUCGUAGAAACAAAUCGUGAUUUUGCUAUUGUUUUCCGUACAUAUGGGCUUGAUGCCCCUAAUGUCAUUACAAGCCUCGCUAAAGGACUACAAGGAGAUCAUCCCGAAUUUCCAAUCAAAGAUCUCGGAUUGAAAGUAACUUUCCCACCCGGGUUUGUUACUCGGAAAAACGACGAUUCAUGCGUGUUUCAAACCAUAGAGGUUAGGGACGACCAGGACGCUCCGGAAAGAUCCGAGGUCACGGAAGAGCGUGCAAUUUACAAUAUGCUUAGUGCAAAGGAGGGCAUUUCAGGGUACAAAGACGAUUUCAUACACUGGCAGGGCAACAACUACAGUCAUGAAGCAGCAAAACCGCUGUAUGUUGACCCUUAUGAUGAGAAUGUCCAUCACAUCUUCUUUGACGACAAUAUCCGAACACUAGAAGAUGAUAGUAUCGUUAAUGUCCGGUUGUUUGAAACAAAAGGAUGUUCAAAAGCGAAAAGUUUGUCCAAGACGGAAGCUGCAAAAUUCGAAAAUGUUUGUUUGGUGCAAGCUGACCUUCUAAUGGCGAUUCAGGAUGAUAACUAUUACGUUAAAUCUGUAGAAAAAUGCGAAAAAAACUACACAAACUUCGUAAAUAGGUACCAAGCAGAUGGAUGA